CAUUGACAGUUUAGUUCCCAGUUCCUAAUACUUAUUGCCAUUUUCCAAGAAAACCUUUUGUAUAUUUCAUCAGCUAGUUUGCUUUCAUUUUUAAAUAACUCAAAAAAUAUUAAUUGGUUUAAAUUAACAGAACAUUUUCUAGAAGAGAAAGAUGGAAUGCGACCGUUGCCACGACAAAAAGCUUUCAAACGAGUUUCCAUUUUUUCCUUUGACAAAGAACUGUGAUCAUGCACUACUUCAUUGUCUGGAGUGUGCAAUAGAGUGUGUACAAAAGCAUCACAUGUGUUCCCAGUGCGAGAUCCAAGUGAAGAAAGACAACAAUGUCUACAGAGAGUAUUUGGAGACCUUGGAAUAUCUUUAUCCUAAUGAAGGAGAAGAGGAAAUAAUUGAAGAGAAAGUUGAAAAUGGUCAAGAUUCAGGCAAUAUUUUUGUGACUACCAUGUCAGGAGAAUUAUUGACACUAUCCUAUCAUCGGAACAAGAGAAUUAUAGAUUUGAAGAAAGAAGUGCAAGUUGGGCUUAAGACAGAACCUGAAAAACAGCGUCUGCUAUAUCAAAAUAAUGAGCUCAAGGUUCGCACUAGUGAUCAUGGUGUUAUGACAUUAAAGGAUUAUAAUAUUCCACCAAACAGUACAGUACAUCUUAUCAUUGUAUUGUGUGCAGUACCUGAUGAUUUGGAAGAAGUUGUCUUUAAUUUUUGUUGGAGUAUACCACCUCAUCAGCGUCGUGACUUUUUAGACGUGUCAGUGUUUGCAUAUAAUGGAGUUGGUAAAACUCUUGGUUAUAUUUGCUAUAGGCAGUGCAUUUUACGUAGAGUUCCUGGUAUAAUGCAUUCUGGUCCUGCACGCAUUCGCAACAGAGUUGGUCACCAAAAUGUAAAUGUGAAUCUCAAAAUCAUUCCUGAUCAUGUUGACAAGUUAGUUUUCACACUUAGUGCCUGUCGUUCAUCCAGUAUAUCUCAGUAUCCGUACUACAGGCUGCAGUUUUAUGAUGUCAAUUUUCCUGAUCGACAAUUAAUUGAUGCUAAAGUUGAUGUGCAACUGAAAGAUCACAAGUCUAUUAUUAUGUGUUGUCUAUCACGAAAGAAUGGACGAUGGGAGGUUAUUGAAGUAAAGGAAGGUUCUGACGGAUUUGCAUAUGAUUAUGACCCUUUGAAAGCAACAAUAAAAACAUUAAUAAGACAAGGCUUUUUUUGAACGUACUUUGUAUGCCCAUCUUUAUUCUUUACAAAAAAAAUGGCUAAAAUAGCAUUAGUUGCACUGUAAAAUUGUCAGAAAAUUAAUCAUAUCACUUGCUGCAAAUGUUAUUUUAUUAAGACAUUGAGUAAGCAUUCAUAAAAACAGCUUGCAUAUAUCUUACGCUGUAAAUUUGUCUGGAAUUCAUAAUUUUAAUCGAGUACAUUGUUAAUAUUUUCAUAGAAAUGAAGAAACUUAGAUUUGUUUCUCA